GACCAAACUGUGCACUGCCUACCCAGCAGAAAAACCAACUCCAAACCAAGCAAAAACGAUGUCGUCCGUCCCGACAGCCGACAACCCGACCGAAACGCAGGAAGGUCAAAGCCAGACUUUCCCCAUGGCCUCUUCUUCUGAGGAGCAAAAGCAGCAGCAGCAGCAGACUCCCGAGCAGACGGCUGAAGCUCAGAAGAAACUCGAACAGCUUAGGCAGCCCGUCCAUGAGGAGUUGAUGGAGAAGCAGGAGCAGACGCACCAGAGGAUUAUUGCUGUUGCGCUUGACCAGAGUGAACACAGCGAGUAUGCCUUCAACUGGGCCCUGGAAAACCUCAUCAACCCUCAGUCCGACCAAGUCGUUCUCCUCAACGUCCGCGAGGUCGUCAACGUGCCUGCCUCCUUUGGCUUGAUCUACAUGGAUAUCCGAGACUGGAUCGAUCGCACCGAAUAUGAGCAAAUGAUGGUUAGCCACAAGCUGCUUAAGCAUUUUGGAGCUAGGAUCGUGAAAGCUGGGGCCAAAUGCCGCGCCAUCGCCCUUCGUGGCGAUCCGCGCGACGAACUCCUCCACAAAGUCAAAGAAGUCAACGCCGACAUGCUCGUGAUCGGGUCCAGGGGAAUGGGCACCUUGAAGCGUGCCUUUGUAGGCUCCGUCUCCGACUACUGCGUUCACAACAGCGAGUGUCCCGUCGUUGUGGUCCGCCAUAAGCACGAGAAGGAGAUGCACCCGAAGAAGACCCACGCCUGAGAUGGACGGCGAAAUACCCGAAGGUGAUGGCCGCCCUUAUCCGCAAUACCAAAACCCAUACAAAAUGUCAGAUAUGCAAGUCGGUUUCAAAUCAGGGUGAGGUGGCGUAAAACUAUCGAUGAAAACAUGUCUGCCUAACUCGUUUUAGGCUGCUGGGUUUUGCUACUUUCACCCCUGUCUUCCUAUGUUACGCAUCGUUUAUGGUUCGUGUACUUCUUUUGUAUCGCGGUUCUAUUGUUUGCUGAGGCUCCCGGGUAUCGCAGUUCCCUUGCUCGUCCGAUGUGGAAGAACAGUCA